AUGGAUACUUUGAAAUCCAUAAUAUUUACUUCAUUUUCAUCCUCUUCUUCUUCCUCCUCCUCUGAUGAGGAGUCUGAUGAUGAAUAUAUGAUUACACUUUUAGCAGCUUAUGAGCAGAAUACCAGUAGAAUGCUUCAGAUUCUUAAGUCAAGUGAUAGCUCAAAGAAAAUAGGGGGUUCUAUUGUAGGUCACAAGUAUAUACGCAGAGAUAGAAGGCAAGGUCAUGACAGAUUGUUUGCAGAUUAUUUUGCUGCAAAUCCAGUGUAUUCACCUACAAUAUUUCGGAGACGUUUUCGAAUGCGUCGUCCUUUGUAUUUGCGAAUUUUGAAUGCAAUCCAAGAACACAAUUCAUAUUUUGUUCAAAAACAAGAUGCAACUCAUGUAGUUGGAUUAUCUCCCCUACAAAAAAUGACUUCAGCGAUAAGAAUAUUGUCAUAUGGUGUCGCAGCAGAUGUAGUUAAUGAUUACAUACGUAUCAGGGAAAGCACUGCAAUUCAAAGUUUGCAACAAUUUUGUAAUUCAGUGAUUGAAAUCUUUGGAGUAGAAUAUCUGAGAUCUCCGACACCAACUAACAUUGCUAGAUUACUUACUAUUGGGGAGGUUCGGGGGUUUCCUGGUAUGUUGGGAAGUUUAGAUUGCAUGCAUUGGGAGUGGAAAAAUUGUCCAAAAGCAUGGCAAGGUUAA